GCAGGGUUCAGAGAACGAAAGGAGCGCAGCUUGAGGCGGCUUGCGCUUUAGCUUUGGGGGGGGGGGGAGCAAGCCGACGCUGCUAGUUUGGGGACGACGUUUGGCCAGUGGCGCCCUCCACUCAACAGAUAAUGGAGCUCGAGAAUAUUGUGGCUAACACUGUGCUUCUCAAGGCAAGGGAAGGAGGUGGUGGAAAUAGAAAAGGAAAGAGUAAGAAAUGGAAACAGAUGCUUCAAUUUCCUCAUAUUAGCCUAUGUGAAGAAUUACGGCAGAGCAUUGAGAAAGACUACAACAGCCUGUGUGAAAAGCAGCCCAUUGGACGCCUCUUAUUCCGACAAUUCUGUGACACCAGGCCAGAACUAGCACGGUGUGUUAAAUUCCUGGAUACUGUGGCAGACUAUGAAGUCACACCAGACGAAAAAAGAAAAGAAUGUGGGCAGCAAUUGAUUGAAAAAUACUUAAAUCCAAAGUCAGAUGAAUAUAUCUCUGAGAUACCACAGGAGCUGGUGGGUAGCUGCAUUGAAACUCUGGACCAGGAGCCUUGCAAGGAGCUAUUUAAAGAGAGUACUAAUCUGAUCCAUGACUAUUUAAGUGUGGCACCAUUUGCAGAUUACCUUGAUAGCAUGUUCUUCAAUAGAUUUCUUCAGUGGAAAUGGCUGGAAAGGCAGCCAAUUACAAAGAAUACAUUUCGCCACUACCGUGUUCUUGGAAAGGGAGGCUUUGGAGAAGUAUGUGCCUGUCAAGUGCGAGCAACUGGUAAAAUGUAUGCUUGUAAGAAGCUUGAAAAGAAGAGAAUUAAAAAGAGAAAGGGAGAGUCAAUGGCAUUAAAUGAGAAGCAAAUUUUGGAAAAAGUGAACAGUAGGUUUGUAGUGAGUUUAGCAUAUGCCUAUGAGACUAAAGAUGCCUUGUGCCUCGUGCUUACACUCAUGAAUGGCGGGGAUCUCAAGUUCCAUAUUUACCACAUGGGUGAUGCUGGUUUUGAUGAAAAGAGAGCUGCCUUCUAUGCAGCUGAGCUUUGUUGUGGGCUAGAGGAUCUACAUAAAGAGCGGAUUGUUUACAGGGAUCUAAAGCCAGAAAAUAUCUUGUUAGAUGACCAUGGUCACAUCCGUAUUUCAGACUUGGGAUUAGCUGUUUAUGUGCCAGAAGGUCAAACAAUAAAAGGCAGAGUUGGAACUGUGGGAUACAUGGCUCCAGAAGUAGUUAAAAAUGAACGGUACACAUUCAGCCCAGACUGGUGGGCUCUAGGCUGCCUUAUUUAUGAGAUGAUAGAGGGACAAUCUCCCUUCCAGCAACGUAAAAAAAAGAUCAAAAGAGAUGAAGUAGAGAGACUAGUAAAAGAAGUGCGAGAGGAAUAUUCAAACAAGUUCUCCGAAGAAGCAAAAUCUCUCUGCACAACGCUUUUGAAUAAGGAUCCAAAUGAGCGACUCGGGUGUAAAGGGGGUGGAGCGUCAGAAGUGAAGUCUCACGUGCUGUUCGCAUCUGUCAAUUUUAAACGACUAGAGGCUGGCAUGUUGGAACCUCCAUUCAUUCCUGAUCCACAAGCUAUCUAUUGUAAAGAUGUGCUGGAUAUUGAACAGUUUUCCACUGUGAAAGGAGUAGAGUUGGAACCCACUGAUAACGACUUCUACAGUAAAAUUUCCACCGGUAGCGUCUCCAUUCCCUGGCAGAAUGAGAUGAUUGAAAUGGAAUGCUUCAAAGAACUUAAUGUUUUCAACGUUGAUGAAUCUGUACCACCAGAUUUAGACUGGAGGGGUCAGCCCUCAUCUCAGCCAAAACAAGGGUUACUGCAGAGACUCUUCGGUAGGCAGGACUGCUGUGGAAACUGUAGUGACAGUGAUGAAGAACCAACAAGGCUCUGAUGAGACAGGUGCUAGGAGGAAUUUAUCUUGUGUUAUCCUCCAUGGAAAGCGAUCCUUGCCACAGAGGACUCAAUUUGUUUACAGUUUUUUUUGCACAUUUGUAUUUUUAAUGAUAUUCUAUAUAAAUAUGAGAAUGUAUAUUUUCAGUGUAUAGCCAGGCAGUAAAUCUAUUUAAGAAGAAAAGAGUAAAAUAUAAUAUUGAAUGUUGGUUCAUAUGUAAUGUGACAGAAAGAAUGGAGUCCAGCCCUGGUAAUGUGUACAUUUACGACAGCCACACACUGUUGUCUUUGGUUUUCUAUUAGUCCUCGCCUGUUGUUGCCAGCACUGCCACUACGGAAGAACUGUCUUAAAUGAGGCUGGUUUUCUUAGUUUUUAAUUAGUGGUACAUAACUGGGUAAUCGGAAUAAUUCAUUUUGUUUCAUUUCAGUGUUAAAUUCUGAUUUUUGCACAUGGUUUGUUUAUUAGUGUAAGAUUACAGUAUCUCUUUACAAAAGUGUAAAUAACAGAAUAACUCUAGAAUAUCCCAAAGCUUGUUAAAACUUAGGCUGGAAAUAUUUUAUAAAACAGUAAUCUAAUAAUUAUUCAUUUGACUGUUUUUUGAAGAACAAAAUUGUUUUAAAUGGAAAAUUCCAAGUGAAAUCUUGUAAGUAAAUAUUAUUGUGAUGACAUUUUAUUACUUUUAUUUUCAUUUUUGUUUAACUAAUUGUACAAGUUUCUUUAGUUGAACAUAGUUUUUUUUUUUUCCUUUUGAGGAAAAACAUUUUACAACAUAAUAUAUCGAAAGCAGGUACUGUUCAUUAGCUUGCAUUUCAAACUUAAGUUUUGCAAUUGCAGUUCUUACAAGAGACUGCAGUCUGGAAAAGAAGAAAAUUUGAAAUUGGUCAAAACCCAUUUUUCAAGGUAACAGGAGUUUAUCAUGCCAUGUUUUGUGUAGUACUACCCUACACUUAUCAAAGUGCAUGUUAGUUCAGUUUACCAUUACCAGGGUUGGCUGGCGACAGGAGGGUAUAGCGUCAUAUCAAUUUUCUGUUUUUUAAAUGUAACAUUAAUAGUUCUGCAUCACAUUCUAGCAUUGUAGAGACACUGAAAGAAAGGCAUUCCUGCUUUCUUACCCUCAUCCUCUAGUUAUUCAUACUACACAUUAAAAUGUUAAACUGAAUUAUUUUGCCAAAAACAAAAAUACGUAUUAAUGUGCAAUCCCUUUGAUACACUUAAAGCAUUCUAUUCACUCCCUCAAGGUUACGAUUUUCUAUAGAGAGGUGAUUUCUUUAAGCUUCUGCUGCAAACUGAAUGCACAGUUGUGCAUUUCCCAGUAUUGCUGUCCUUUAUCUGUCUACAAACUACUCCUGGAUCGAGCAGCAUACAGUGCUUAGGUGUAUUUCAAGUCCUUGUGUCAUAUUGUUUGUAACCCUGAAUGUGUUUAGUAAAUCAGUAUUGCAAACAACAGUGAACAAUGCUGGAUAACUCACUAGGUAGUACUUCACGUCCAUUAGCAUUUUUGUAUAUUAAAAAAAAACAUAGGAAAUUACACUUUGGGAUUAUAUUAAUAUGUAGUAUCCUCAGAUUUAAAAGAUGUUGUUUACUUGCGCCUGGAUUUCAUUAUUGAUGAAAAGAGAUGUGUAUCAUGCUGUUACUUUAAGCAACUGUACAACAUUAUGGUGGCUUAAAUGAAAUGCUAUUUUAUCAUUUUAUGGAAAACAACUAAAGCUUUAAUUAAUUUACCUAGGCAGAAUCAGUACGUUUCAUAGUUAUCAUGACCAUUUGAUACUUAUUUUAAUAUCAAGACAUUUUUAAUAAUCUAAAAGAGUGGAGCUAUCAUGAGUUACCUAAACUAGGUUUUAUGCUUAUAAAAUGUACUCGUCUGAUCUGAAUCUGAUUUUAUCCUUAUCGUGAAAAUGUCAGACAUUUUCAUCUUUAUUUUUUCCUGUAUCAGCAGUAGUUUGUGGGUAGAUGAAGGACUCUUUCUGGGUGACACAAUCUUUGCCUACUCUUUUAAAUGUGGUAAUCGCAUUCCUAGAAACUUUACUUUUAAGAAUAUUUGUUCGCCACAAUCGGCUCUGCAGAUCUGUAUCAUUCUAUAACCAAUGGACUUUACUGUUCCUUCACCACACCGCAACAGAAACUUUCAUUAUUUUUUUCCACUGUUCUGUAAAAACACCAAGAUGCUUUAAAGUUUCUAACAGAAUUUGGUAAAACGUGUUUGCCCCAGCAUCAUCACAAACUUGUAUUAUCGUCUGGUGUUGCUGUGUGAUUGCUGCCUACGUAGCAGUUCUACUGGUUUUGAUCCUUGUGCUUACAGGACAUCUGCUGUUUUAAUGUUGACUACUGGUGCCUUUUUCCUGUUUUAUGUUUUCCUUUUCAUUUUGUAAAUUAAAGGUACUGUAUAAAAUAUUGUAUAGGCAAAAGGAAUAUAUGAGAUUGUAUAUAAUGAUACCAGUGAAGCCUAUCUUACAACAUACUGUAGAAGACAUUUAGCAUACUAUGUUUUUUUUAAAUCUAUUUUUAUAUGAAUUGUACAAUCAGGUUUUUGUUUUCUAGUUAAAGCACAUUUUAUGUUUGUUUACUUUGUCCUGUUUGUGAAAAAACCACUGCUGAAGCCUUUUUAAAAUGAAAGGUUUGUAUUCAAAAUCUAAGUUAACAAAGCUGAUGCUUUACAAUACAUUUAUGAGGUGGAACACAUUUCAUCAGUUCAUAGAAAACCGGCACAUUGUCAGGCCCUCUGAUACGGGGUUUGUGUUCUCAAGCUCCUCUGCUAAUGCAGACUAAUCCUGCGGCCUUAUUUCAACAUAUUCUGAAGUUUUGUGCUCUUUCAACUGUUUAUCCAAAAUACAUUCCAUUGUGUAAGUUUCCAUGCUAUACUGUGUAAACCCUUUAUAUUUAUAAUUUAGCAAUAAUGUAGGUAUCAGCAAUUUGUAAAGUAGAAGAUUACAUUUAUUUUUUUGAGCCACGUUCCAACACUGUGAAUCAGAGGGAUGACAGGCAUAGUUGUGUUUUGCUUGCACUGCACUGAUGUUCAUUUGUAUGUUUUUGUAAUGUUUUAUUUUAGUACUGUUGUUUAAAAUUCAAAUGUAUGUUGACCAAAUGUAAGCAGAAAUUUAAUAAAGGACAGAAUGGGUAUCAGCAUAUAGUUCUAAUUUUGAACUUUCUCUGUCCAAAGAAAAAAUGUGCAUGAUGGGCCAUUACUUUUAACAUCUUAAAACAUAGGAGUAGUUUUACUUUCUUGCAAAUGUGAGCCAAGUAAAUAUUAAUAGUUCACAAAUCAUCCCGGAUUGUUUGAUGUCAAGGCCUACCUGAUUGGGUUUAUAUUCCCAGUCACCAUUCUGGCAGCAACUUAAAAGACUGACCCUUAACGAUUGACUUGUUUCGUUUUAAGCAAAGUGCGCAGACACUUUUUCUGAACCCAACUACACCUGCCUUUAAACCAAGAUAAUAUUGUGUUUCUCUCAGCCGAACUAUGACUUUCCACAACCACUUGAAACUGCAGUUAGACCUGAUCAGAACGGUUUCAUCUGUAAAUAGCCUUUUCUGUUGCUAGUCCUGUAUGCCAUGUUGAAUAUACUCGAUAUAUGUUGUUGCCCUUCUACAAAGUGGCAUUUAUGUGCAAAUGAUGCCGUCUUAAUAAGACAUCUGUAAGCAGCCAAAGUACUUCAUAGAAUUUAAAAACGUUCUUGUGUAGAUUUAAGCAAAUUUAGAGACUAAAUUACCAAAAACUAAGCAUGCACCUUUGUUAUUUUUAUGAAAAUUUAAUGUUAAAGUCAGUUCUUAAAUAGUUGUAUCAUGCUUUAGUCACAUUCCUGUAAGUGGCUACUUUAUCAGGGAUAUAAACAUCUUUUGUCUACACUCUAAGUGGCAAAAAUAUAUAUAUGGUAUAUAUAUGUUUAGCGUUAGCUAAUGGUGUUUUUUAAUGAUGAAAUGGCAUACAUCUAUAAAUUGAAUUUUAGGAUAUUAUUUGUGAAAUGUCACAUUUUGUAAUGCCAUCCUGUAAAAACACAUCAUUUUUAUUUCAGGCUGCUUAUUCCUGUUAUAUUUAUGAACAUUACACCAAUUCUGUUGUCCUUUGUUGUUACACCUAGUCAUUGGAAUUAAUUGUUACAUGAGAAGUCACGACAGCCUAUUAGUAUUUGAACACAUACUGCUUGUCUAAAAAAGUAUCCUGAUAUCUGUUCUAUUUUAAUAUUUUGUGCACUUAAACUCUCCUUUUGAAUACUGAAUAAAUGAUAUAUUUUACUCAA